AUGUCACAUUCAGAUCAACCGGAGCCGCCAAGUAUAUCUCCACCUGAAUCAGCCACCCCCGAGGUACCCUACACGAUAUUCGAUAAGAGACAAAAGUGGUUGAUUGUAUUCAUCGUCUCAUUUGCCGCAACCUUUUCUGGCUUCGCAUCAAAUAUCUAUUUCCCGGCACUACCAACAAUCGCAAAUGACCUCAAAGUGUCUCUAGAGCUCGUCAAUCUCACAGUAACCUCUUAUCUUAUUUUCCAAGGGCUAGCACCGAGCUUCUGGGGCCCCAUAUCCGAUGUUCGGGGCCGUCGGGUCGCGUACAUAUGCACGUUCCUCGUGUUCUUAGGCGCUUGCAUCGGGCUCGCUGAAACCAAAAAUUACGCAAUGCUCAUUGUGCUCCGAUGUCUUCAAAGUACGGGCAGCGCAAGCACGAUCGCCAUUGGUUCUGGCGUCAUAGGCGACAUCACUACACGCGCCGACCGAGGCGGCUUUAUGGGGAUAUUCCAAGCGGGACUACUGGUGCCGGUGGCUGUUGGUCCCGUCAUUGGAGGUGGUAUUGCCGGUUCCUUGGGAUGGAAGGCUAUCUUCUGGUUUUUGACAAUCUACAGUGGGGUCUUUCUUAUUUCCCUUGUGAUUCUACUGCCGGAAACGCUUCGGUCGUUGGUGUUCAACGGAAGCGUCAAGUCAUCUAAUCCCUUGGCAAAGUUUCCCCUCUCCGCGUACCAAAAAUCGACCAAGGUGGAAUGGGAUCAUAGUGCACCGCCGCCCGAGCUUCCACCAAAAAAGAAUGUCGAUAUUUUAGGGCCGCUUCGCAUUCUGAGCAGCAAGUUCGCAGCGCCUAUCGUCAUCUUCCUCGCCAUCCACUAUGCUGUUUGGCAAAUGAGUAUCACAGCCAUGUCUUCCCUCUUCAAAAGCCGGUAUGGUCUCAGUGAAAUCCAAAUUGGCCUCACUUUCAUCGCAAAUGGCGUGGGAUCAAUGGUCGGGACGUUGAUCACUGGCAAGAUUCUCGAUCUUGACUACCGCCGCGUGAAGGCCAAGUUCGAGGGAUCGCUCAACACCGGAAUUGAAGGAGGAAAGGAGUCAUCGGAUGGCACAACAGAUAAGACACAGAGCUUUCCGAUUGAAAAAGCACGUCUACGCCUUGUUCCGGUAUUUUCCGUUCUACAAUGUCUAUCAAUAAUUCUGUUCGGGUGGACCAUUCAAUAUCCUCACCGGGUUCACAUUGCCGUCCCUAUCGUUUCCACCUUCAUUACUGGGUGGACUGCCGUAUCUACACAGUCUGUCAUCAUGACCUAUCUUGUCGAUAUCUUUCCUGACAGAAGCGCUGCGGCAAGUGCCAGUCUUAAUCUUGCGCGAUGCUUAUUUGCCGCUGGCGGCACAAGCUUUGUAAUGCCGAUGAUAAAUGGCAUUGGCGUCGGCCUGGCCUUCACCGUCUGUGCUGCAGUACAGGCUAUUGCUUUUGUGGGCCCCUUCAUUCAGUGGAAGUUUGCUGAAGGUUGGAGACAGGAUGCCGAAGAGAAAAUGACUCUAAGUAAUUAG